GGAGAGUGGUUGGAGGAGAGAGGAAGCAUUGGAUAGGGCUUUGUGGAGAGGCAGACCAAGAGAAAGGAAUGCCGACCCCAUUUAAAUGGGAUAAGGCACAGCCAAAGAAGAAGAAGAUACCUCUAUGUAACGAGAUCUUCUGUAGCCAAAUUUCUCUUAGGCUUAUCAACUACGUAGCCUACAAUCCCCUUCACAUUUUUUGAAUGCUAAGUGAUAUAGCCUUAAAAACAGAAUCUUAUCAACUGGUAAAAUUGAAGAGCUUUAUACUACUCAGUAAGCUGAAACUUCAGUGUAUUCAAAGGAAAUUGAAUUAGAAGAUUAUAUUUUUUUCCUAAAGAUUGAGCCUAAUCAGUGAUGUGUGGGGCUAUGGUGGUGAGUUUAUAAGGCCACACGUUUUUUGGUACACACAAUAAUCAAUUUAACUUACACCAAUCAUCCGAUUUACGCUUGUUAAACUCUAUGUUUACAUGUUUAGAAAAUUCUGAUUGAAAAACUAAUGAAAAACGUUGUUGCAGCAAGAUUGUUUUAAUAAUCUUCUGAGUUUUAUGUGUUUCCUUCCACAUGAGUGCAUCAAGAUACUAAAAUAAAUUGAUCUAAUCUUAUUUUAUGACUUUUCAAUUUUUCAUUCUUAGUCUUUUAUAUUUUCGAGUAUUCCUUUGAGCAUUUUCAACAAAAAUGGUGCAAGUUCUAUUCAAUGGCGAUGUAGUAGUCGUGCUCAUGUUAUUAUUAGUUCAUAAAAUGAGUAGCCUGCAAUCUCCUGCAUCGCAUAACAUAUCCAAUUCACAUUCCAUUGAUAAACGACAAGAAUUACGAAGUGAAUACGUGGCAUGCAAGGCGGCCGAGGACUGCGAGGAGCAUCACGACUGCCAGGCACACGUGUGCCGCAACCCGUGCCACUCGAUCGACUGUGAGCCAAUACGGGCGGGCACCCGCUGCCGCGUCGAAGCACAUCGCCCCGAGUGCAAGACCAAGGAAGAGCUCAUCAAUCCCGAACAGUGGGACGCAACACCUGAUUGUGCAAUGAACGACGAGUGUAACUUCGAGCAGUGGUGUUUGAACGGCAAGUGCCAGGAGGCGUGUGCCGACAUCGACUGUUCGUCGUGGAGCGAUGACGGCAUCUGCGCCACCGAGAACCAUCUGCCCGUCUGCAAGGUCAAAGAUGGAGAUUGGGACGAAGAACAAGUAAUACAGUUGGAGACGGAACAGAGAAAUGAGGGAGAUCUGUGCAAGAGCACCCACGAGUGUGCUUUCAAUCUGGUUUGCCAUACUGGGCUGUGCAAGAAACCGUGUGAUCAGUUGACUUGCUUCAGUGACAGCAUGAGUCAUCUCAAUCUGCCCUAUCUGCUGAGCCCCGACAAAAUACCACAAGAUGCUGAGUCCGACCACAAGUUCAGAUGUGUCAACGAGUAUCAUGUUGUCAAAUGCAUUAAAAAUGUACCCUAUAAUGUCGCUCUCUUUGGUUGUGAAUCAAACGAGCAUUGCGGCGAGCACCAACUUUGCGUGAACCGCAAGUGCACUGACUCAUGCAAGUGGGUGGACUGCGUGUCGUGGUCGUUCGAUGGCUACUGUGACGUCAUCGACCACUACGGCGCUUGCAAGUUCGAACUUUUUGGAUCCACCGAAGAUGAAAUUGAAGCUGUUGCUAGUCAGAGACGUCAAGGUGCGAAGUGUAUCAACACGUUCCAGUGCAGUCAUCACCUGGCGUGCAUCUCGGGCCGCUGCUCUGACCCAUGCGACCUGCUGUGGUGCAUAGGAGAGGGCGCCUACACCCCCGCCCGCCUCGUGCAGAAGCGCCUCUUCCCCAUGGAGUAUAACUUCAACGAAAACUACAAAUGUGUUACUGAGCACCAUCUUGUCAGGUGUGAUCUUGGAGGUUGAAUACGACUUAAACCCACAAAACCACACUGAUUUCUGUGUCUAUCUACAUUCCAAUUCAUAGACAAACAUGAUUGAAUACAAUCCGCAUUAAAACCCGUGAUUCAACUGA